CGGAUUCGCGCCAUCGAUGUCGACGGCAAACCUCCGACGGCAAGACCUGAAAUGAAGUUCGGCAAGACCUCAGACGGCCUCUACGAGGAGAUCGGGGCGCCGGUGCCGGCGCUUCCCUACCGCCAAUUCAAAAAGAAGCUUAAAAUUCUGCGCAUGGGCGCGUCCGGCUUCCUUGCGGAGGGCGGCGGCAGCGUGCCUAGAAGCGGGGAUAUCGAUCUGGCGUUUUGGUCCUUUGUAUCGGGCUGGCUCGCGCGGCUUGACCGUCAGUGGAAGACGGCGGUGCGCACGGUGCUGACACUCCGCGGUGAGGACGACCCCGCCCUCAGCGAGCGGGCGCAGGCGCUGCACGCUUGGGCAGAGCUGACGCGGACGGGAGUGCGCAAGAUUGUGAAGAAGGUCAACAAGCUGAAGGGGGAGGGAGACCUGCGCCUGCGGCCGGUCCUCGACUACGCCUUCACGCGCGGCUUCCUGGGCUCGCAGCUCGAGAUGAUCUUCUCCACCGACAAGAGGCCAAGUUGCCCUGUCUGCCUCGAGGCCCUCGACCCGGCCAGCCUCGCCCCCGUCGCGCCAGCAGAGUGCGGGCACGCCAUGUGCGCGCCUUGCUUUGCCCGCAUCGCAGGAGCGGCGGCGGAGGCGGAGGAGGCGGUUCGGUGCCCGAUCUGUCGGCGCCGUGUGCGGUCACCGGCCAAGCCGCUCACCGCGCCCCCACGUCGCUCGCCCCGGCUGCUGUCGCCGCCCGCGGAGGCCUGAGGCGCGUUUAGAAAGGCGCCGCUCGCUGCUUUGUUUGAUGCUGCGCCGCGCGUACGUUCUUGCCCAAUCCUGCCGGUUCCGCAAUCGGCAGCGGGGAAGGGGGCUUGGGGGGCGGGGGCGGGGCAUGUCUCCGCCCUCGAUUGUGCGAUCUUGAGAGCUUGGUAUCUGUGGGUGACAGGCCGGGAGGGGGGAGGGGAGUUCGUUGCACACAAAGGAGUUCGCCGAGCCGCGUUCGACGGCGGGUCUCGGACUGUGUCUGCGGUACGUGAGAGUGCGAUACGUAGCCUCCUAGCGUCAGUGGCAGCACAUACUACCAGCUACGGUAACUAGAGUGUACUAGCUACUACUGCAGCGUCUGCCCGCCUCUCGCCCCUCGCGCCUCUAGCCCAGUCGGCUGCGCCCUCCCUCCCCAGGCCCCAUGUGCCCGGAGGGUCCUACUCUCUCGCUCCCCGACCCCUAACUUACUAACUGUCGGGCCCUCCCGACUCGCCGGUGGUAGUUCGCACCAGAGGCGCCACCGCCUGCCCUGCACGCAAUCCCUCGGCAGUAGCGCACGAUCGGUGUUUCGUAGCGCCCUGGUGGCGGGAUGGCGCCGCUCGUCGGUAGGCUCUUUACGGAUAGGCGUGGGCUGCUUUAAUCCCGAGCAUUGCGAGAAGCAAGUUCUGGCCGAGGAGGGGCCGGCCUGCCCUCAGUCAAAGGAGAAGAAUUGCCCCAGCAAACUGCUUAUGCACGAUGCCUUGUCCGCCUCUGCCAUCCCUGCCACCACGCGGAGCGUCUCCACCGACCACCUCUCCAACACGUCUCGUGGCUCGUAGAGCUUAAAGCACCAGGUCAGCCGGCGAAGUCGCUCGGAGCUGCUGCCAUCGGUUGAGACUCCUGUGGCGUCAAGGGCAGUGACGAUCGUCUGGGUGGGGCACUCGCGAAGUCGCUGCUGGAAGGUCAUCCGUGUUGUUAGCGUAGGUCGACGCGGCUCCACUGGCGGGGGGCGGAUCACUCGGGGCCGCCGGAUCGGCGUCUCUGGAUGAGCGACCGCCAGGUUGGAGAGGAGGAAGGUUGGCAGAUCCUCCUCGUCGACCGAGCACACCGAGGUCGGCGAGGAGGCUCCGAGCGACGAGCACUCACUGCUGCUGCACCGCGACAUGCCGCUGCGUAUUCUCACUUGCAUGCUGUUUGUGG